CGUUGUAAGGACGAGAAGACGUGGUACAGUCUCGGAAAAAAGACGCGCUAGUACUUGAGUGAGACGCACUUUAUCCACCGCUUACCUGAAUAAACUCAAUUCAUCUUCACCUCAAAAGAUAAUAAAAGCCAAAAUGUUGGGACCAAUGGAAGGAAUAGCACUGAAUAGCAAUGUGUCCAAGAACGGGAGCUCCUGGGGACAGCUUCUCUGGCACAUUCUCCACGACAAACCGGAGCUCGUUCUCCGCAAGGGGGCGAUGUUGUUCAGUUCCGGUGAAGUUGCAGCUGCUUCGUAUGGAUUUGGUAUUACCUCGCAGGAACUGAAGGCAAUAAAAGAAGCCAUGGACAGCAGCAACCACAGGGAAACGAUCCACAUCCAGGGCGUCACGUAUUGUGUCAAGGUCACCACCCCUAAUACUUUGCUUGCCUGGAAUGGCGGGAAAUACCUGAUCGUCUGUCGCUCAAAGCAGCUGUACCUCGUGGCGCACUGCGCCUCUCGCAGCAAAAAAGAUGACGCCCGAAAGUGGUUGACAAGGUUUGCGUCAAAACUUGUCGAACAAAAUUAUUGACUUAAAGCUGAAUAGAUUAUAAAUGGAAAUAAAAAACGGAGAUGAGCCCCUCUCUCUCCUGCCGUCGAGUGAGUUUUACGACAUGACGUAACAUCCGUUACUGCUCGUGCACCUGGACCCGCAACCUCGCUCAGUGCUCCUGUACGCCCUGGCACU